GUUUGUUUUCGAAUCGGAGGUGUUAAGUCACACAUAUCGUACUUCCUUCCCUGCGACUCUACCCUCUUUGCUUGUUUCCUUUCAACUAUCCCACCUCUUCAUUGAAUUGAUUUCUUAAACUUCCAGUGCUCUGAAAUCUGAAAUCUUCUUUCCCAGAAGUCGAAGAUGAGUUCAGGAAUCAAAUCUGCAAAACCGUCAAAGCCCCCAAACCAACCGACCACAGCACCCUCAAGAUCUUCAACUUCUUCCCUCUCUUCCCACUUGGCAAUGGUGGAACUCAAGCAGAGAAUCCUUACCUCUCUUUCCAAGCUCUCGGACCGAGACACGCACCAGAUCGCUGUCGAGGACCUCGAGAAGAUCAUCCAGACUCUCUCACACGACGGAGUUCCCAUGUUUCUAAACUGCCUCUACGACUCCAGCAAUGACUCAAAGCCUGCCGUCAAGAAGGAGAGCCUCCUUCUCCUCGCUGCCCUCUGUGCUGCCCACGGAGAUUCCACGGCAACUCAUCUAACCAAAAUCAUUGCCCACAUUGUGAAGAGGCUGAAGGACGCUGAUUCAGCCGUCAGGGAAGCUUGCUGUGAUGCCAUUGGCAGGCUUUCCUCACAGUACCUCAAGGGGGAGGCUGAAAGUGGGGGCGGGCUUGGAUCUGUGGUCUCUCUGUUUGUGAAGCCUCUCUUCGAGGCAAUGGGCGAGAAUAACAAGACUGUGCAAGGUGGAGCUGCAAUGUGUAUGGCUAAAAUGGUGGAACGUGCCUCUGACCCGCCCGUUCUUGCAUUUCAGAAGCUUUGCCCACGGAUCUGCAAGUACCUUAAUAGUCCUAAUUUCAUGGCAAAGGCUUCGCUGUUGUUUGUUGUGUCAAACUUAUCUCAGGUUGGAGCCAUUGCACCACAAAAUUUUGAAUCAUUACUACGCAGCUUACAAGAAUGCAUUAGCAGCUCAGAGUGGGCAACUCGUAAGGCGGCAGCUGAUACUUUAACUGCCCUGGCAUUACAUUCAAGCAACUUGGUAACCAGGGAAGCUGCUUCAGUAUUGACUGUACUUGAAGCUUCUCGGUUUGACAAGAUUAAACCUGUUAGAGAUAGUAUGUUGGAGGCCUUGCAGCUUUGGAAGAAAAUUGCAGGAAAAGGAAAUGGGGUUAUGCAUGAUAAUGAUAAAAAAACUCAUGAUGGUGAAACUUCUGAAUCAGCUGAUUUCUCAGAGAGUAGAGAGCUUCAAAACCGUGAGAAGCAUGAGACUGUAGUUAAUGAUUCUUCCAACAAACCUUCUCCAAGUGAUUCGGUUUCCAAACCCAACGGUGGCAGCAUCUCCGAAAAAACUGUUGGGAUAUUGAAGAAAAAAGCUCCAGCUCUGACUGAUAAGGAAUGGAACCCAGAAUUCUUCCAAAAACUGGAAACAAGGGGGUCGGAUGAUUUGCCUGUAGAAGUUGUUGUCCCACGACGUUGUCUUAAUGCAUCAAAUGUACAAAAUGAGGAAGGUUCUGUACCCAGUGACACAGCCAACGAAAGGGUAAGAGGAAACUGCCAGCCAAAUGAUAGAUAUCAUAGUGGUGACCGGGUCAUUUCUGGAGCGAGUUCUAGACUUAAUGGAGUUGAUCUAAGCCAAAGGGAGCCAACCAGCAGUCAUGCUAGGAGUGUUGGGCAGUCAGAGGGCUUUUUAAAUAACAAAGGAAACUGGCUAGCCAUUCAAAUGCAGUUAUUGCAACUUGAGAGGCAGCAAUCUCAUCUUAUGAACAUGUUGCAGGAUUUCAUGGGCGGGUCUCAUGAUAGCAUGGUGACUCUUGAGAGCAGAGUGCGUGGUCUUGAGAGAGUAGUUGAUGAAAUGGCACAAAAUUUAUCAAUAUCUGCAGGUCGAAGAGGUAGUAGUUUUAGGACUGUAUUUGAGGGAUCACCAAAUAACAGACCUUCAGUAAAAUACAACAGUGGCUUCUCAGAAUACUGUGGUGGAAAACUAGUGACGGGUAAUGAUGGGCGCAUUCAUUUUGGAGAGAGAUUUGUGCAAUCUGAUGGCAUGCCUUCAGGGAUAAGGGGGAGGGGCCUGCCUCGGAGAUCUGAUGCCACUGAUGCUUGGGACUUCCAUACAUAUGGUAAGAAUGUGUAUAUGGGCUCUAGGAGAGCAGUGGCUAGUUCUUCCUAUGAUGGUAGGUCACCUAAAUCUGAAAACGAGACUACUGAUCAGGUCGGAAGCAGAAGAGCCUGGGAAAAAGGAGCUCUACCUUUUGGGUUUGGUGAAGGGCCUUCAGCUAGAAGUGUGUGGCGAGCCUCAAAGGAUGAAGCAACUUUGGAAGCAAUUCGUGUUGCUGGUGAUGACAGUGGAACUUCUCGUGGUUCUAGAGUAGCUAUUCCAGAAUUAACUGCUGAAGCUUUAGGUGGUGGUAAUAAUGUCCAAGAACGCGAUCCAGUAUGGACUUCUUGGAGGAAUGCCAUGGAUGCAGUUGCUGUGGGUGAUGUGGAUUCAGCUUUUGCUGAUGUUUUAUCUAUUGAAGAUGACGUCCUGCUUGUAAAGUUAAUGGAGAUUUCAGGUCCCGUGAUUGACCAACUGUCUAAUGAGGUAGUAAGUGAGGUCUUGCAUGCAGUUGCUCAGUUUCUGGUGGAACAAAACUUGUUCUACAUUGGCUUACCUUGGGUUCAGCAGCUGGCAGAUAUUAUAUUAGAGCAUGGACCUGGUAGUCUGGA